AUGUCACUUCUUCAAUCCUUCAAUUUGACUCAGACUAUCAACGAGCCUACUAGACUUGGCAAUACCGGGGCUACGCUUUUAGAUUUGAUAGUGUGCUCUGAUUCUAGUCGUGUUUUAAACAGUUAUGUUGAUCCCAGCCUCGAUGUUUCCGACCAUUUUCUUAUUAAAUGUGAACUGAAGGUAUUUAUAUCUAAACCUAAGCCCUAUGUUGUCUCAUACCGUGACUUUAAGAACUUUAAUCGCGAAGACUUUUUUAGAGAACUUUUAAACGCUCCUUUUCAGGAUAUUUUGUAUAUUCAGGACAUUAAUAUUAAGGUGAGUGUGUUCAGUGCCCUUAUAGUGAGUUUAUUUGACUCUUAUGCACCAGUCAGGACAGCUCGCAUAACGAAAAAAAAGGCACCUUGGAUCACACAAAAUAUAAGAUAUUUGAUGGAGACUCGAAACAGAGCAUUAAGCAAAUAUAAAAAGAGAAAGACACUUCAGAAUUGGGAGUAUUAUAGGCAGCUUCGAAAUUUUACAAGUGCUACUAUUCAAAGAGAAAAAAAGGCUUUUCUUGAGUAUAAUUUACGUAACCGCAGUGCAAAAGAUCAUUGGAAGCUUCUGAGAAACUUGGGUGUUUAUUCCAAUGAUUCCAAACACAUUCCUGAUUCUGUGGGUAGUGCUGAGGAUCUUGGCGAAUUCUUUAUCAGUUCCGUUAGGCCUACCACUCCCGAUCCUCAUACUUUGAAUUUCUACUUACAUAACAGGAAGAAAACAAAUGCGUCAUUUGAGUUCAGGAUCGCUACGGUUGACGAGGUACGCUCAGCUUUUUUAUCGAUCGAAUCCGAAGCAGUGGGUACCGAUGGUAUUGGAUUGACCAUGCUCCUUUAUUGUUAUCCAGUUAUUCUUCCGUACAUUGCGCAUAUUAUCAAUUCAUGCAUUGAAACUUCCACAUUCCCUUUGGGUUGGAAGUAUUCAUUUCUACUUCCUGUGCCUAAAGUAUCCAGUAUCACCAGUAUGAGUGAUCUUAGACCAAUAAGUAUCCUUCCAACCCUCUCUAAGAUAUUUGAGAGGGUUCUUGAAUCCAGCUGA